AUGGCAGUGUUCACCGUGGGUGACUACCUCGCAGAGAGGCUGUCGCAGAUUGGAAUUCUAUCGGAAAUUGGCUGUGCAAAUGAACUAAACUGCUCCCUUGCGGCGGAGGGCUAUGUCCGUGCAAAUGGUGUUGCUGCUUGUAUUGUGACCUACAACGUAGGCGCCUUCUCUGCCUUCAACGGUACGGGCAGUGCGUAUGCAGAGUAUCUGCCGCUCAUUCUAAUCAGCGGAUCCCCGAAUACCAAUGAUGCAGCACAGUUUCAUCAGUUACACCAUACCCUCGGAACGAGUGAUUUCGCCUAUCAGCUCCAGAUGGCGGAGAAAAUUACCUGCAGCGCUGUCGCCGUGGGGAGAGUGCAGGACGCUCCGCGUUUGAUUGACCGCGCGAUCCGGGCUGCCUUGAUCAGUAAAAGGCCGGCAUAUAUCGAAAUUCCGACGAACCUCUCAGGCGCUCCAUGUGCACGACCUGGUCCUAUCAGCGCGGUGGUUGAUCCCAUCCAGAGUGACAAUGACUCUUUGCUGGCAGCAAUUGACUGUUCUGCGGAAUACCUGUCCGGGAAGGAAAAACUGAUCAUACUCGUCGGUCCUAAAGUGCGCAGAGCUGCUGCCGACACUGAAUUACUGCGUCUUGCUGAAGCAAUUGGUUGUGCGGUAGUCGUGCAGCCAGCAGCUAAAGGAUCUUUCCCAGAGGAUCAUCCCCAGUACGCGGGGAUCUUCUGGGGCCAGGUAAGUACGCUCGCCGCGGAUUCCAUUCUCAACUGGACGGAUGCAAUUGUGUGCGUGGGCGUUGCCUUCACAGCUCUCAUGAUUGCGGGGUUGGACCAUAUCUUCUUCCCUGGAGCCAUGUUUGGGCGGGUUCAUCUGAGGGACUUUCUGUCUGGGCUAGAAAAGAUGGUCCACAGGAAUGAAACGACGUUGACUGAGUACAAUCGCAUUUGCCCCGAUCCCUCACUAAUCGAGGCAUCUAGUUCAAUGGCCCUGCUCACUCGUAAAGAAAUGUCGCGGCAGGUUCAACUGUUGCUGACCGCAGAGACGACAUUAUUUGUGGACACGGGAGACUCGUGGUUCAAUGGAAUUAAUAUGAAGUUGCCCCAGGGCACCAAGUUUGAGAUCGAAAUGCAAUGGGGUCAUAUCGGAUGGUCGAUACCGGCAGGGUUUGGCUAUGCUGUCGCAGAACCCCAACGUUAA